AUGGCAAAAGAUCUCCCUGGACGACAAUUCACCCGAAGAAGGGAUGUUAACUCACAGUCUCUAGUAGAAAACACUUGCAGCAAAAAACGCCUGGACCUGGUGUUCAUCAUUGACAGCUCUCGCAGCGUACAUCACUACGACUUUGAAAAAGUGAAGAAGUUCAUUUUAACCAUCUUGCAGUUUCUGGACAUCAGUCCUGAUGCCACCCGCGUAGGUCUGAUCCAGUACGGCAGCACAGUCAAACAGGAGUUUUCACUUAAGACAUUCAGGAGGAAGCAGGAUAUUGAAAGAGCAGUGAGGAGAAUGAUGCACCUGGCAACUGGCACCAUGACUGGACUGGCCAUUCAGUACGCAGUGAAUAUCGCAUUUUCAGAGUCAGAAGGAGCUCGACCUCUAAAGCAGAAUGUGCCCCGAAUUAUCAUGAUAGUGACGGAUGGGAGACCUCAGGAUCCAGUGGCAGAGAUUGCUGCUAAAGCACGCAACUCGGGAAUCCUGAUUUUUGCCAUUGGAGUGGGGAGAGUAGAUAUGAACACGCUCAAGUCUAUUGGCAGUGAACCACAUGAAGAACAUGUUUUUCUGGUUGCUAAUUUCAGUCAGAUUGAAACACUGACAUCUGCCUUCCAGACUAAACUUUGUGUGCCCCAUAUGUGCAGUAUAGUUGAACAUCAGUGUGAUCACUUCUGUAUAAACACCCCAGGCUCCUACCUAUGCAGAUGUAAACAAGGAUACAUUCUGAAUGCUGACCAGAAGACUUGCAGCACUCAGGACCUUUGUGCUGUGGAGAAACAUGCCUGUGAGCAGAUUUGUGUGAACACACCUGGGUCUUACGUCUGUCAGUGUUAUGAAGGGUAUGAGCUUGAUGCAGAUGGAAAGAAUUGUAUUGUUGUAGACUACUGUGCUUUGGAUAACCAAGGUUGCCAACAUGAAUGUGUUAACACUGAGGACUCCUAUUACUGUAGAUGCCAUCCAGGGUUCAUUUUAAAUCCAGACAGAAGAACUUGCAGAAGACCAGACUAUUGUGCUCUUCAGGACCAUGGCUGUGAACAGGAAUGUGUUAAUACAGAUGACUCCUAUUUUUGUCAGUGCCAAGAAGGGUUUAGACUUAAUCCAGAUCAGAAAACAUGCAAAAAAGUAAACUUCUGUGCUUUAAGUCAGUAUGGCUGUGAACAUGAAUGGGUUGAAAUGGAAGAGUCAUUUGUAUGCAGGUGUCAUCCUGGAUAUGCCCAAUGACAUGAUGGCAAUACAUGCAGAAAUGAGCGAGUGGACCACUGUGCGGAAAGCAAUCAUGGCUGUGAGCAACUGUGCCUGAAUACUGAUAGCUCCUAUGUCUGUCAGUGCUCUGAAGGAUUUGUCAUCAAUGAGGACCUAAAAACCUGCACACGAGUUGACCAUUGUGCUCUGAAUGAUCAUGGCUGUGAACAUUUGUGUGUAAAUGGUGACAGAUCUUACACUUGUCAGUGUUUUGAAGGAUACAGGCUUCGUAACGAUGGAAAAACAUGUAAACGACGGGACAUCUGCAGAUCAGUCAGCCAUGGCUGUGAGCAUAUUUGUGUUAAUGAAGAUGACUCGUAUGUUUGCAAGUGUCAUGAAGGUUUUCUGCUGAGAGAAGAUGGGAAAACAUGCAGAAAUAAGGACAUCUGCAAAUCAGUCAGUCAUGGCUGUGAACACCUUUGUGUUAAUAAUGACGAUUCAUACACUUGCCAGUGCCAUGAUGGAUUUGUACUGAGGCAAGAUGGGAAAACAUGCCGAAAUAAAGACCUGUGUAAAUCCAUUGACCAUGGCUGUGAACACGUGUGCGUUAAUAAUAACAAUUCAUACAGCUGUCAGUGCCAUGAGGGUUUUGUCCUGCGACAAGAUGGCAAAACAUGUCGAAGAUGCACUGAAGGCCCAGUGGACCUGGUGUUUGUGAUUGAUGGAUCAAAAAGUCUUGGAGAGGAUAAUUUUGAAAUUGUAAAACAGUUUGUCUCAGGAGUCCUAGAUACACUUGAGAUUUCACCCAAAGCUGCUCGAGUUGGUUUGCUUCAGUAUUCCAGUGAAGUUCGCACAGAAUUUACAUUAAGGCAGUUGAGCUCAGCCAAAGACAUGAAGAAAGCUGUAUCACAAAUGAAGUACAUGGGGCGAGGUUCCAUGACAGGACUGGCUCUGAAGCACAUGUUUGAGAGAAGCUUCACAGAAACAGAAGGAGCAAGACCAUUUUCAGCACAUGUCCCUCGAAUCUCCAUUGUGUUUACGGAUGGACGAGCCCAAGAUGAAGUCUCCGAGUGGGCUGCUAGAGCAAAACAAAAUG